UACCCCCAUCUCGCGGGAACGUGGAUUCAUCUUAAUAUGGCGGCGGUAGGGAGUCAAAGUUUCCUUUCAGAUGAUAUACAAUAUAGACUUAUUCUUUCGAUUUAAGACGCCUGUUCAUUAAAACCAGUAACACCCGAACCCCUUCCAGGUUUUUUCAGGUCGUCGGAAACAAACGGUUCCGUUUUAAUGAGGGGCUUCCAUCGAAGUUGAUGGUCGCUGACAUUGCUUGUUAUUCCAAGCGUUGGUUUCAUUUUACUGGUAAACACGACAGGGCAGCAUUUGCUUGAAUUAGGAUAGAAGAUCACAGAUUGGACAUUCGUGUUUUCUUUUUAUUUAAGAUAGAAGAUCGUUCAAGUUACCUUUCCUGUCAGGGCAAUUACAUAGGAAGUGUUGGAUGUCACUCUCAGCCAGUGUCAGGCGGAAUUUGUUUUGCUAGCACCGUUGAUCCUGGCAAAUCAAAUGGAGAAGCUUUCAGAUUUGAGCAAAUCAGAGCUUCAGGAACUUCUGGACAACCCGGAAAAGGUGGAGUCUAUGGCUCAGGAGUCUGAUGAGAUCCAAAACAUCCAGUUGGAGAGAGAGAUGGCGUUGGCGUCCAAUCGUAGCCUCGCAGAACAAAACCUGGACAUGAAGCCAUGCUUGGAGUCUCAAAGAGAAGUUCUGGUGGAGAGAUACACACAGCUGCAGGCCAUCAGAGAUACCUACAGAGAGCACACCUCCAUAAUAGAUGGAAUGGUUGGUAAGGCGUCUCCAGAAGCACUGUUCUCCAGAAUGCAGACAGAGGGCAGCAAAGUAGAAACAGAGUCAGAGGUUUUAGCCGAUGAAUUCCUGGAGGGCUCGCUGCCGUUGGACUCAUUCCUUGACCGCUUCCUUGUUCUACGUUGCCUAGCCCACAAAAGACGUGUGCGGGUAGAGAAGUUCCAGGAAGUCCUGCGACAGAGAAAAGAGGGUAAUCCCACAGCUAUGACAUCAUCAUCAGGUAUCAGCCAACCUGUCAAUCAGUGGAACCCACAGACCACAACAGCAGGCCAGCAGCAGGCAAACUCCAAAGGCUACCGUAAUAUCCCUCAGCCUGUUCCUCCGUCUGCGGGGGUCUCCGGUGGUCUCCCCUACAGCCCAUAUCCUGUCACCCCUUCCAACGCCCCACCACCACCAGUCCCGUUAAUGGCGGCGAGCUCCGACCCGGUCGUUCCCCCAUCGCAGGUACCUUCCUAUGCAGGCUCCGGCUCACCUUUCCCCCCAGCAGGGGGCUUCACUGGCCCCGGGUCAGCGUUCAAACCUCUGCCUUCGGUCGCCUGUCCGUACCCAACCCAGUCCUCUUUCCCCACCCCGUACCCGGGCUCAGCUUUUGGCCAAUACAACCCAACCCAGAGCAAUACGGCACUAUACCCAGGUUCAUACAACUAUGGCGGUUACAGCUAUCCGUCUAAUUCUCAGCCACCAACAGGAAGUCCCAUUUACAGACCAGGCUAUGGCGUUUCACAGCCAUAUUCCUAAAAAAAAAAAUGUUUUUAAUCCUGCUGAAUUCUUAAUUUGAUCUACUUUACUUCUUCCCUAUCCUACCAGAGUUUCACUAAUGGCUUCCUUUUCCCUGUCUUUCUGUCAAUCGCUAUUCCCUCUUUUAGGAUUCUAUGCUAUUCUGUAUCUUAAUAUCUACCUUCUUAUGUUAAUUUUCCUUCUCCAUCUCAGGCACCUCCCUGAUGUAUGUGUGAUAUUGUUGAUAUUCAGAGGAAGUUCUUUACACAACACUACAGUACAGUACAUCUUUGUCCAGCUGUUAUUAAAAAUCACUGAGAAAUGCUGGUGAUGUUGUCAGGUUACCUUGGCAUCAAGUGCAAGAUUCAACCCUUAUGCAUUACCCAGGUGUAUGUGUGUGUCAAUUUGUAAAACUACAGUGGUACCACAGUUUCCCUACACCCCACUUUUCGUAGUACAUUAGUACCACAACAUCCGUGCUAAAUUGGUUCUGCUGUGAGCUUUUACCUCAAAACACCUGUGUCUCAAAUCAACGUCGCCCGUGGAAAUGAAAUGAAAUGCCCCCUACAAAAAAAACACAAUUUUAACAUGUCCUCUAAAACAUACUUUUAGAUAAGAAAUAUUGUUUAAAUACAAAACCAGUGUAGUUGGCAUGUUGUGUAAUUUGUAAAUAAAAACAGAAUACAUCCAUCCAUCCAUCCAUUUUCUACCGCUUAUUCCCUUUCGGGGUCGCGGGGUACAAUGGUUUGCAAAUCCUGUUCAACUUAUAUUCAAUUGAAUAGACUGCAAAGACAAGAUAUUUAAUGUUCAAACUGAGAAAUGUUUGCAAAUAAUCAUUAACUAACAAUUUAAUGUCAGCAAAACAUUGCAAAAAGGCAUUUUUACCACUAUGUUACAUGGCCUUUCCUUUUAACAACACUCAGUUAACAUUUGGGAACUGAGUACACUAAUUUUUGAACCUUUUCAGGUGGAAUUCUUUCCCAUUCUUGCUUGAUGUACAGCUUAAGUUGGUCUACAGUCCGAGGUCUCAGGUGGAAUUUUAGGCUUCGUAAUGCGCCACACAUUUUCAAUGGGUGACAGGUCUGGAUUACAGGCAGGCCAGUCUAGUACCUGCACUCUUUUACUAUGAAGCCACGCUGUUGUAACAUGUAGCUUGGCAUUGUCUUGGUGAAAUAAGCAGGGGCGUCCAUAAUAACGUUGCUUGGAUGGCAACAUAUGUUGGUGUUGGUGUCUUUGCAGUCCAUUCAAUUGAAUAUAGGUUGAAAAGGAUAGAGCUGAGCCAAAAGGCAAAGCUCUCGGUCUACCGAGCUAUCUACAUUCCUACUCUCACCUAUGGUCAUGAAGUGUGGGUCAUGACCGAAAGAACAAGAAUGCGGAUACAAGCGGCCAAAAUGAGUUUCCUCAGAAGGGUGGCUGGCAUCUCCCUUUAGAGAUAGGGUUAGAAGUCCAGUCACCGGAGAGAGACUCGGAGUAGAGACACUGCCCCUUCGCUUGGAAAGGAGCCAGCUUAGGUGGUUCGGGCAUCUCGUGCAGAUGCCUCAAGAGCGUCUCCCUUGGGAGGUCCUCGUUGCACUGGGAGGAGACCCCGCGGAAGGCCAAGGACCAGAUGGGAGUAUUACAUCUCCUUUCUGGCCUGGGAACGCUUCGGCAUUCCCUAGGAGGAAGUUGCUAAUGUUGCUCUGGAAAGGGAAGUCUGGGGUAUCUGCUGGAGCUGUUGUCCCCGCGACCAGAUUCUGGAUAAGCGGUUGGGGAUGGAUGGAUGAAAAGGAUUUGCAAAUCAUUGUAUUCUGUUUUCAUUUACAAUUUACACAACAUGCCAACUUCACUGAUUUUAGGGUUUGUACAGUAGAGUAUUGCUAACAACUACUGUAGUUUUUUUAAGUAAUGUAAUGAUAAUGUACGUCAGUUACCUUGGGGAUUGGACUUCUACGAUAUCUCCUUCUCGCUGCUUCUUUGUCAAACACACAGUCAGCAGCUUUUCCAUAUCUUAGUGGAUAAAUGUCUGCUGUUUGUAUGAUAUUUUGAUAUUCUUGGCGGGCUUUAUAGUCUUUGUGCUUCAGUAUGGUGUAGACCAGGGGUCACCAACCUUUUUGAAACCAAGAGCUACUUCUUGGGUACUGAUUAAUGCAAAGGGCUACCAGUUUGAUACACACUUAAAUAAAUUGCCAGAAAUAGCCAAUUUGCUCAAUUUACCUUUAACUCUUAUGUUAUUAAUAAUUAAUUAUAUUUAUUUUUGUGGAAACACAGAUCAUCUUAAUGAUUUCUCACAAUAAAUCUAUAUAAAAACAGAUAAAUAUUUUUAUAAAUAUAUUUCGACUCUUUAAAAUUCAAAAUUCAUCCAAAAAAAAGAAGAGAAAAACUAGCUAUUUCGAAUGUUUUUGAAAAAAGUAAAAAAAAUAAUUUAUGGAACAUCAUUAGUCAUUUUUCCUGAUUAAGAUUAAUUUUAGAAUUUUGAUGACAUGUUUUAAAUAGGUUAAAAUCCAAUCUGCACUUUGUUAGAAUAUAUAACAAAUUGGACCAAGCUAUAUUUCUAACAAAAACAAAUAUUUUUUAAAAUUUUAAUCAUAAGUUUGAAGAAAUAUUUCACAAAUAUUCUUCGUCGAAAAAACAGAAGCUAAAAUUAAGAAUUAAAUUAAAAUGUUUUUAUUAUUCUUUACAAUAAAAAAAAAUACCUGAACAUUGAUUUAAAUUGUCAGGAAAGAAGAGGAAGAAGGAAUUUAAAAGGUAAAAAGGUAUAUGUGUUUUAAAAUCCUAAAAUUAUUUUUAAGGUUGUAAUUUUUCUCUAAAAUUGUCUUUCUGAAAGUUAUAAGAAGCAAAGUAAAAAAAAUAAUGAAUUUAAUUUAAAAAAGUGAAGACCAAGUCUUUAAAAUAUUUUCUUGGAUUUUCAAAUUCUAUUUGAGUUUUGUCUCUCUUAGAAUUAAAAAUGUCAAGCAAAGCGAGACCAGCUUGCUAGUAAAUAAAUACAAUUCAAAAAAUAGAGGAAGCUUACUGUUAAGUGCUGCUAUUUUUAGAACAGGCCAGCGGGCUACUCAUCUGGGCUUUACGGGCUACCUGGUGCCCGCGGGCACCGUGUUGGUGACCCUGGUGUAGACUCAGUGAUACGCUCGAAUUGUUUUUGAUGAUUCAUUUCAAUUAAUAUAUUAUCCACUUUAUCCUUAACACUCACUUUAUUCCUUCCCUUUCUUGCUUAGAAAAACAAAGUUAUGUCCAUUUCUCGCUAUACGCUAAGGCUAGCUAAUAAGACCAGCUGUUUUGGGCCUAUCUUACGAGGACGCUUGGAACUCAAAUUCUUAUGAAAGCAUAACAAUUAGCCGAGAGACAGCUCUUAUCUCUCAGAACACUCUUAAGUUGUAGUACUUUUAGGUUGAGGUAUCGCUGUGUUUUGUUUUUUGACGUAUUUAUUCACAAAAUGUUGCCCCAGUUUUUGUAUAUACGUUAACUGCACAAGCCUGACCAAAACACUAACAUGCAGCACGCCGGACAGACACAGGAGUGUUUAUUAACAAAAUAUGCCAUUGUCGAUGUGAGCCCAAAAAGCUAGCUCGCUAAAUUUAGCAUGCUAAAAUGGUAACGUUAACGUGCGUCACGCAACGAAUUACAUGACUGAGGUGCAAGCAUGAAAAAUGUGCUUAAAAAUAAGCUAACUUGCUAAGAGUGUGUUUCAAAAACAUAUUUAUUUUCUAUAUAUAUAAAAAAAAAGGUUAGCAUGCUAACAGUUAGCAUGUGUCUAGGAGUCUGGCUGCCCACGUAUCAUUCUGUGGACUCAAGUGUCCAAACGUCGCUGUGUUUUUUUUUUUUUUCGUGUAGUGACCCAUCCUAGGGCCCCAAAAAGUUGCGAAUACCAGCCCUUUGAUUACGAAAGUGAGAAAUUAACAAUUAAAUUCAAGAAAGAACUUGUAGCAAAGUACAAGUAGCCUUUCUAAUGGCUCUCCCCUGUCUGUCCACCCUGCUCGGCACCGUCAAUUCAUAUUAGACAUUGGGGGGUUUUUUUGCAUGCAAAACUAUUGUUAGUGUUAGGGUUUUUUAUAUCUUUAAUGGAUUAAUAAGAUUUAAAUGAUUUUGGAUAGGAAAAAUCCCUUCACUUUUCAUAUGAUUUGGUCUUGGUUGGAGGUUUGGGAAAGUGUUACUAUUGAAUACUGAGGUACCACUGUAUUCUUUAUUAAGUGCUUAAAGAAUGUGACCACAACAAUUGUAAUUAAUAUGAGACUAUAUGUAAAAUUAAAAGCCUUUCUUUUAAAAUACAACUGAAACGUGGGUUGAUGCUGAGAAAAGACGAGAUGUGGAAUUGGGAGGAUAUGAAAUGAAAUACAUCAAUGGUAUGUGGAGAAACCUCAAUUGGUAAACACAUGUCAGUUGCAAUUGAUAACAUGUUAAAACCUAUAAUGAUUGAAAAUUGGGGAGCAAAAAGGACAGCUAUAUUAUUGAGUUUGAUAUUCAGAACCUGAAAGUUCGAAUACUAGAUUAAACCACAGAGGGUAAUUCUCAAAUGCAGGUACUUGAACAUUCAACACCUCAACAGAUAACAUGACUUCAUAGCUAUAUGAAUAUGUAAAAAUUCUAAUUAGCAGAAUAGCCCACUUUUGUGCCGCACCACUGGAUGAUAUGCAGUAUUUACUACUCAUGUUGAUUACAAUACAACAAAAGGUCUGUGAUCAGUGAAAGUAUAGUAAUAAUUUAGGGAAAUAGGAAUAAUCCAACUAAAAUCUGGCAUAUGGAAAAGGUAGAGUCUAAUAUAAUGUGUGCAAUAGAAAAAUAUACUGGAGCUGUAAUACGGACAGAGUAGUAGCAGCAGAUGUCGCUGAGGUGCAAUGAAUGCUAAUCUAAUAGAUGAGAUAUAUAUAAAAGACGGGAAAAUAUUUAGAAAGUAGCUCUUUAUUUUAGUAUAAUGUGAUGGCCUCUGUGUAGUUUCAUCACCUGGAAGGAAAGACAAAGUGAGCUAUUUGUUUUUGGUUCUUAUGAGUGGUAACAUUCAAAUGAAACAAAUGCACAUUAAAAUCUAACUAAAGAAGUUCAUUACAAGAAAUAUUUGUGCAUAUGAAAUCAACUUAAAGUGCAAAUACAAAUGUGGUUAUUUAAUUAUUUUUUUCUGUAUUUUUAUUUUACAUUCUCUCUUGCUGAGUUUUCAAUAAACCUACAAUAGAAAAU